UCGUUUUUUUCCCCUCAUAGCGACGUCUCAUCCUCCAUCUUCUCUGAAUAGUGCAUCGGUCUGCACACCUACAUCUGCAAAAUCGCAAAAUGCGUGAGUGUAUCUCCAUCCAUGUGGGUCAAGCCGGUGUCCAGAUCGGCAAUGCCUGCUGGGAACUUUACUGUCUUGAGCAUGGGAUUCAGCCGGAUGGACAGAUGCCCAGCGAUAAGACCGUUGGCGGAGGAGACGAUUCCUUCAACACUUUCUUCAGCGAGACCGGAGCUGGCAAACAUGUGCCAAGAGCUGUGUUUGUCGAUUUGGAGCCUACUGUGAUUGAUGAGGUUCGCACUGGAACUUACAGCCAACUUUUCCACCCUGAGCAGCUGAUCACUGGAAAGGAGGACGCAGCAAACAACUACGCCCGCGGCCAUUACACUAUUGGCAAAGAAAUCAUCGAUCUCGUUCUUGACAGGAUUCGCAAAUUGGCUGACCAGUGCACUGGACUCCAAGGCUUCUUGGUUUUCCACAGCUUUGGAGGAGGAACCGGCUCCGGCUUCACCUCUUUACUGAUGGAGCGCCUGUCUGUCGACUAUGGGAAGAAAUCCAAGCUGGAGUUCUCCAUCUAUCCUGCUCCGCAGGUGUCUACAGCAGUGGUGGAGCCCUACAACUCCAUCCUCACUACCCACACCACCCUGGAGCACUCGGACUGCGCCUUCAUGGUAGACAACGAGGCCAUCUACGACAUCUGCCGCAGAAACCUGGACAUCGACCGCCCAACGUACACCAACCUCAACAGGCUAAUAAGCCAAAUCGUGUCUUCGAUCACAGCUUCCUUAAGAUUCGAUGGUGCCCUCAACGUUGACCUCACAGAGUUUCAAACCAACCUGGUGCCAUAUCCACGUAUUCAUUUCCCACUGGCGACGUAUGCUCCGGUGAUUUCUGCUGAGAAAGCAUGCCACGAGCAGCUUUCAGUGUCUGAGAUCACUAAUGCAUGCUUUGAGCCGGCUAAUCAGAUGGUCAAAUGUGACCCGCGCCAUGGUAAAUACAUGGCCUGCUGUCUGCUGUACCGUGGAGAUGUCGUACCCAAAGAUGUAAACGUUGCUAUCGCUGCAAUCAAGACCAAACGCAGUAUUCAGUUUGUGGACUGGUGUCCUACUGGUUUCAAGGUUGGCAUCAAUUAUCAGCCUCCGACUGUUGUGCCGGGUGGAGAUUUGGCAAGGGUUCAGCGCGCCGUCUGCAUGUUGAGCAACACCACUGCUAUUGCUGAAGCCUGGGCUAGGCUUGAUCACAAGUUUGACCUGAUGUACGCUAAACGUGCAUUUGUGCACUGGUACGUAGGUGAAGGAAUGGAGGAGGGCGAGUUCUCGGAGGCCAGAGAGGACAUGGCUGCUCUGGAGAAAGAUUACGAGGAGGUCGGUGUAGAUUCAGUGGAAGGAGAAGGAGAAGAGGAAGGUGAGGAGUAUUAGACUUGGUCCACUUCUCUGUGGAAUAAACAGGGUUCCCACGCUUCUUAGAGGUCCCAUUUUUAGAUGUUAGUACCAGUAUUGUUCGUUUUAGGGCUAUCUAUAAGAUAGUGCCCACCAAAAAUCAUGUUUAUAGAAAAUCGAUAAAAUGGAUUUCUGCAUAUAUAGAUCAACGGUUUUACUCACGUUACCUCAUCAAAUCUUCUGACCAAUCAAAUGCUCUCUAGUAUCUGACAUGCCCCGCCCCCUUCUUCUCAUUAGCUUUUCAUUUGAUGCGCUUGAGCUCAACCACUCUCACUGGCAGAGCUGUGAUGAAAACAAAAUGCUAUUGGCUGUUUUUUUAAAAGGGGAGGAGCUACUCUAUGUCCCACCCUCUCUUCAUGUUUAAGUUGAGAUUACAUCAAGCAUUGAAUUAAAAAAAUGCACAUUUCAAAUCCCUUUAUGGGACCUUCAAAUGUACUUGAAUUUCAGACAUGAAUUCAAGGCGUAAAAAGAUCUGAAAAACAAACACAGGUGCUUGAAAGUGCUUAAAUUAAAAUUAAACAGGAUGAUAGCGGGAUAGAAUGGUAAAAUACAGGAGAAUCCCAGCAAAAACGGGAGGGUUGACAGGCAUGCUGUGGUAUGAUUUACAAAGGUGUGCGAUUUAAAAUUAGUUUUGCUUUAAGAAGUCUCUGAAAGACUUUGAAUCUGCUGUUGAUGAAAGCGUGGGAACCCUGCAUAAAAAUAAAAUAGCUGGUAGCCUCUUGACAGAACGAUUCGCUAGCUGAAGAAAAUGCCAAGUGAUGUAACGGUUGUGUGUGUCUCUGAUCAACAUAUAGCAAAAGCGGUCACACUUUAGUUUCAGUAACUAUUCACACUAUUAACUUCUGGCUUAUUACCUGCCUAUUAAUAUGAUAAUAACUGUUAUAAAGCAUGAUCUUAGUUGACAUCCCUAAUCCUAGCCAAUACCUAAACCCAACUACUAACAUACUAACUAAGCCGCUAAUUAGUAGUUUACUGAGCUAUAAGUCUUAGCUAAUGGUCCGUUAAUAGCGUGAAUUGUACAUUCAAAUAAAGUAUGACCGCAAAAGCUAAUUGUGAAUAUUACUGUGCCUAUUUUGGUGUGAAGUACUCAAUAAAAACAGUAAAAGAA